UGAUCUGACGACGUCUUGUUGAUUUUUCCGGCGGGUUUCUCAGAUCGACAAGUUUGUUUGUUUUCAUCGGUUGUUUGGGAAAUGAACGCUGAGUCAAGCAACGAGUCUUUCAAAAUUGGGCAGCGAGUCCACUCGCUCAAUGAUUCGCGUCGUGUGGGCACUGUGAAGUAUGUCGGAGGUGUGGAGGGAUACUCCGGGACCUGGAUCGGCGUUGAUUGGGAUCAAGACGGAGAUGGCAAGCAUAACGGUUCCGUCAAUGGCGUUUUCUACUUUAACGGUCGUUCGCAGAACUCCGCUUCCUUUGUUCGCUCUCAGAAUCUUAGUCGAGGUAUCACAUUGCUUCAAGCCUUGGAGCUCAGAUACCGAACAACUUCAACUAAAGACGAAGAAGAUGAAAUGUAUGUUCUCUCUGCUGGGAACAAACGUAUUUCGAUUCAGCUUUUGGGAGGAGACAAGAUUCAGGAUAAGUUAAGUCGGUUCGAGGAGCUUACGAGUGCUUCUCUUUCUUAUCUUGGUGUUAGCUCUCUUGGAGUUUCAUCUGAUUUGGGUUCAAUUCUACCAAAUUUGAAGCUGCUGGAUUUAUCUGGAAACUUGAUUUCUGACUGGGAGGAAAUUGGUGCUCUUUGUGAACAAUUACCAGCCCUUACAACUCUUAAUCUGUCUAGCAAUUCUAUGUCAAGUGAAGUCACCUCUCUGCCACAGCUAAAAAACAUCCGUGUUUUGGUUCUGAAUAAUAGUGGUGUCAGCUGGACUCAGGUUGAAAACCUUAGGCGCUCGUUACCUGGAAUUGAGGAGUUGCAUCUGAUGGGGAACAUGAUAUCUGCCAUAACAUCGAUGUCGUCCUCAGAUGAUCAAGCAUUUAAUUCUCUGCAACUUCUGAACUUGGAAGAUAACUGUAUCUCCGAUUGGAGUGAAGUAUUAAAGCUAUCUCAACUUCCAUGCUUGGAGCAGCUUUACCUGAACAAGAAUAAACUGCCACGCAUAUUUCACUCUGUAAAUAGCAAUGAAUCACCAAAGAAAAGCAGCAACCCAUUUCCCAGUCUGCAUUGUCUUCUUCUAGGAUCCAACAGCAUUGAUGAUCUGGCCUCAAUAGACGCACUGAAUGCGUUUCCGAAAUUGGUGGACAUCAGGCUUUCGGAUAACCCAAUAAGCGAUCCUGCAAGAGGCGGUGUCCCCAGAUUUGUUCUCAUUGCACGGUUGACGAAAGUACAAGUGCUGAAUGGGAGUGAGGUCAGAGCUCGUGAAAGAAGGGAUUCUGAGAUCCGGUAUGUCCGAAUGGUGAUGUCAAAACUAACUAAUAAGUCUGAGGAGAUUGAGCUGCUCCACCCUAGGUUUAAUGAACUGAAGAAACUUUACGAAAUUGAGGAUGAAAGGGCAUCGACUGAGAGCAGCGGCCCUAAAAACAUGGCAUCUGGACUAAUCUCCAUUACUCUCAAAUGUGUUGGUCCAUCAAUGGGUGAAAAGCCUCAGUUGACAAAGAAGUUACCAGGCAGUAUAACGGUUGGGAAGUUGAAGAUCUUAUGUGAGAACUUUUUCAAGCUCAAGUCCAUUAAGCCAAGAUUAUUUCUGCAGGAGGAGGGCUCACCUUUUCCUACAGCACUCGAUGAAGAGACAUCAACAUUACUGGACGUUGGAAUCUGCGAGGGCUCUACACUUCUAAUCGAUGAAGAGAGCUAAGACACACAGAGAAUAACUCUUGCAUUCACGUUCCAAAAUCGUUAUUUUCAAAACAGAUGCAUUAUAUAUUCUCAACGAUAACAUUAGGCAAAAGUUUCAUAUAAAGUAAAAUAUUGAAACUGAGAAGAGAGAACAUGUUUUUAAGAGAGCUCAA